ACCAGGUCAGGUCAGACACCGAACGCGAGCGAGCCAGCCAAAUCGACCCCCGUUCCCCGAAAGCAGCGGCACCACCACCCACCCAUGGCUUCCCUGGCGGCGAGAUCCGGCCUCCGCUCGCUGGCGGCGCGCGCCAGGGCCCCGGCCACGGGCGGACGCCGCAUGUCCUCCUCCGCCCACGACGACGCCUAUGAGACGGCCAAGUGGGAGAAGAUCACCAUCAUGGGGGCCGUCACCUGCACCCUCCUGGCGGCCUGGAACCUCUCCAAGGGCCACCCCCACUUCGACGAGCCGCCGGCCUACCCAUACCUGCACAUCCGCAACAAGGAGUUCCCCUGGGGACCCAAUGGCCUGUUUGAGGUCAAGCACGACCAUUGAGUACUGAAUAGUGCAUCAUAAGAAGUCGGUGAAUGCUUCAGUAAAAUUCUCUGGUUGUUCCAGUGGUUUUUUUAUUUUCAUUGCGAUCUAUUUGUGGCAAGAAAUAAGAAAGACAAACUCUUGUGUUGACAAUCCGGAAUUGGCUGAAUUGUGUCUACCCUGUUUUCACAUCAAUGAUAUAUGUGAGCCGAUUGACUUGUCU